ACAGUUUGAGUAGAGUGUCGUUCCUGGGGCAUACUCCCAGAGUCUGAAACAUUGACGAAACACGUUAUUAAGAGGUUUUAAGUCUAAGUGAACAGUUCUGAAGCUUUGAUUUCAAGUUUCAUUUAACUCCCAUUAUUAAAUGAUGUUACAUCAUUAUAGAAGCCCUGAUGGAAGCUACAGUUCAACUUUUACGUGGUUACACAUUCACUGUCAAUGCAAAGAUUACGGAUAGUAGGCUCGAAUAUCAUCGAAUGGGCGGUUACGUCCCCUUGGGAGACAGGCGAACCCACCAAUUAAAACAGUCGUUUGUGAUCUGAUGUUUUGAUAGACACGCGUAGCAGCCAAUCGCUGUCCAGUUGCAAGUGUCCGGUUCCUCCGUGAGCUUGGCGAGCAAGGGGGGGUCAGAGAUACGCAGAGAACUGGCUGCUGGUGGCGAAGAUGGCGGAUGGCGACAGUGGCAGUGAGCGCGGCGGCAGUAGUGGUGGUGGUGGAGGGGGUGUAGGCGGCGGGUUUCAGCACUACCAGCGGGAACCGGAGACCCAGGAGCUGGCUUCUAAAAGGUUGGACAUUCAGAAUAAACGCUUUUACUUGGAUGUUAAGCAAAAUGCCAAAGGCCGGUUUAUCAAAAUCGCCGAGGUGGGCGCUGGGGGCUCCAAAAGUCGACUGACCCUAUCCAUGUCAGUUGCUGCAGAGUUUCGCGACUACCUUGGGGAUUUUAUAGAGCACUACGCCCAACUUGGGCCUAGCAGCCCGGAGCAAAUAGCUCAAUCCUCCGGUGGGGAAGACACUGGGCCUAGGCGGGCCUUGAAAAGCGAGUUCCUGGUUCGAGAGAACAGAAAAUACUACCUCGAUCUGAAGGAGAACCAGAGGGGGAGGUUUCUCCGGAUCCGACAAACCGUCAACCGUGGGCCUGGCUUUGGAGUUGGGGGAGGUGGUAUCCCCGGAGGAGGCAUGCAGGCCGGACAGACCAUCGCCCUCCCUGCCCAGGGUCUAAUAGAGUUCCGUGACGCCCUGGCCAAGUUGAUAGAUGAUUACGGAGGAGAUGACGAGGAGUUGACCGGUGGCGGAGGGGCCGGAGGUUACAGCGAGCUUCCGGAGGGCACCUCGAUCAUGGUGGACUCCAAGCGGUUCUUCUUUGACGUGGGAUCUAACAAGUACGGAGUUUUUUUGAGGGUGAGCGAAGUUAAGCCCAGUUACAGAAACUCUAUUACCAUCCCAUAUAAAGCAUGGAGCAAGUUUGGUAGCGCCUUCAGCCGCUAUGCCGAGGAGAUGAAAGAAAUCCAGGAGAGGCACCGGGAUAAAUUGUACGAGAGGAGAGCCGGAGAGGAGUCUGAAGGGGACGACGUGGACGAAGAUUGAUCCAGAUCUCUGCAUGUUUUCAAGCUGACAACAUGAUGCAAAACCCGGAGAUAGAGGAUAAAAAGCGAGGCGGGCUAUAUUGUGCAUGAUAAAUUGAACUUGAAAUGGUAAAACAAUGGAUAAAAAAACAGAAAUAGUAGGCCUAUAUUUGACUGAGAAAUUAUUGUCUAUAUAAGAGCAUCGUGUUCUAAAGUUGUAGAUGGUGUUAUAGGUAACUGAGUGCAGACUGCGGUAGUGUGCUCCUGUAUGGGAUUCCCUUUGAAGAAAAAUAAAUAUUAUCCAUUUGAUAACCUCAUAAAUGUAGCCCAGCGUAUUCAGUUUGACAGUGCUCCAGAUACAGCUGUUGUUUACUAUAGUCCCAGUAGGUUUCAUGGAUUUGCUAUGGCUGGAGCUCUCCCCAAUCUGACCUGUGAUCGAUACUUUAACAAGGAAAGGUUUGAAGUAUCCAAACCAUGAGGUGUGCAGAAAGUGCUCCCACCUCUUCCCCAUUUGUAUGUGUUGUAUAUCCCAAUAGGCAAAUAUUAUAGAAAAAAAGUCCCCACUGUAAAAAGAUCAUCAGAUCCACGUUCUCUGCUGUAGCGGGCAUCAGGGGCAGGGCCUUGGUCCACCAAGGUCUCAGAGGAUCUGAUUAAAAGCACACCAAUUAUUCGGAGUCUGUGCGCUGCCUGAUCCUGUCGGGAUAGGUACACCAGCAAGCGCAUCAUGGGGCUGCCUCCUCUGCUCCAGCAGCUGAAAUGUGUUCUGUACGGUGAAUGCCUAUGUGUGUUUAAAAGACCAUACAUUUUAAAUGAAAUGUUAUAAGGUUGCAUUAGCAUUGCCUACACUGACUGAUGAUCGCAAGUCAUCUUCAAGGGUUUUUUGUAUCUGUAUAGCUGGUUUGCCACUGAUGACUGCUACCAGUCCAGACUCUGGAAAUCUAAUGUCUUGUGUGGAUUGCAGGCCCAAGAAUGACCCCCGUCCUGUCCUACCCGGUAACACGUGCAUCCAUUCAUACGCACACCCUCCUCCCCCCACGCUGAGCUAAAAUCUGUAGCACUAGUCUUAAUGUCAGAGUUGGAUUAUCAAAAGUUAAUGUUGCUAGGCUGGUUCUAUAGCCCAAGGAACGAAUCUGUGGCUAUUCGCUGGUUGUUUGGAUCCAUUGGUCAUGAACUCUGAAUUUACUGACUGAUGUAAAAUUCAGUCUGAUUGUAAAAAAAAAAAAAAAAAAAUUGGUGCUUUUGAAAAUCAAAACCCCCAAUUAGGUGCUUUAUCUAAAGUGACAGUGCAAGAGAUUUACUUCUAAAAUACUAAGUAUAGAUAGAAAUAUUUUUCAAAAGAGAUAUAUUAAAGUAUGUCUAGGAAAUAGAUUCAAUUUAUUAGAUAAUGCUGCCUAAAGUGGCUUAUAGAAAACACUAAACUUGGAUGCAAAGUACCAGGGUGAUAUUUCACACCUGCUUUUUUUUCUUCCUGAUUUCUUUUAUUCCUUAGAGGAAAUUUUAAAGAAAAGUACAAUAAUGUUCAGAACUCAGUAUAAUAUAGAUUUGUAGAGAAUGCGUGGUAUAAAUCAUGUCAUGCUAACACUAAGCACCUUCAUUAACAUUGAGUUUUCCAAUCAUCCUGGUUAGCCCAUUGUAACGCUUUAUGUCACUGAUUGGUUUCCCAUCAGUUGCCAUAACACGCAAGCAUCAACAAUGAUACUCAUUUUGUCUGUAGUGUUUUUUGAAAGUGUUUAUUUUGCAUGCCUGCUAUUUCGCCGAGCCGCCUUGGGUAUAUUUUCAUUUUUUCUUUUGCAUAUUCUAAAAGCUGUUUGACGGUAUUUAUCCAUGUUGGGUGCAAAUUUAUUUUCUGUAUUGCAAAGGAAUAAAGGUUCAAAGUUUACUUCUCAGCAUAAUAAUAAUGAUCAUUAAAACAAGAAAAAGAUCCCAAAUGCUUAUGGGAAAUGUUAUUCACUGGCCCACUUCCUUUUAAGUUUUAAGUGUGCAAACCUAGUUGAAUUUAACUUUCUUUCCCGUUCUUACACACAGCAGAAAAUAUGCCAUGAACAACACCUGGGAGCAAUAGUUUUUUUAUAUUGAUAUAAAUAUAUAUAAUAUACACAUGACAUUGAACUACAUCCUUUUUCCUGUACUGUGUUAAGUGAAAUGGCAGCUGUUUCAGUCAUGUGUGUUCUGCUGUAAUAUACUACCAAGUUCCUUUCAACGAGAAAUAAAAAAAAAAGGUGUUUUUUGCUCAGGAGCUGUGUGCUGUUUUCUUUUAUUACUACUCUUGUAACUAGUAACUGUAGUGACUAAUUGACAUAGCCACCGUGGUGAUUAAAAUGCUACAAAUGAUGUGCUCUGGAAGUGCAUGCCUUUUGUUAGUCUUUUCUUGGCUUGAUUCUCAUUAAUUGUAUUUGCAGGAUGCCGGUUGCGAUGUCUUUUCAUUGUGUUGGUAGUUGUGCAAUAUUUACCAGAAUGUGCAUUUGUCAUUUUGGGAGGAGUUGGAAGAACAAAGUCAGCUGUAAUAAAUAGUCAACAGCCAUAAAAAAAGUACUUUCAAAACUGUAGUGACUAAUUGGCCUGAUACUGACAUAGCCACGAUGCUGAAUUAAAUGCUACAAUGGUGUGUUCUUAACGCGCAUAACUUUUGUUAAUCUUUAUCGGCAAAGUCUCGUAUAGAACUGCUGAGUCUGAUUCAACUGAAACAAAUUAUUUGUCAGCAAAAAUAAGAGAAUGACAUUACUUUUUUCAGACAUCGGGAAGUCUUCCUUCCUCAAUUUGUUUGAGUGUGCAUGCAUCGACAUCGCCUUGGCUGCAUUUGGGGAUCCCUUUCAGCUCUCAUAGACUUCUCAGGAGGCUGCCUGAGGCUUCGGUCGAUAGUCGUUUUUGGGGUGUCACCGAUGGAGAAAAUAACGGUCAUGUUAAGCAUACACCCAAGACAGAUACCAGAGAUUAAAAAGCUCCAGUAUAUCCAAUAUGCCAGAAUAUGUUCCUAACAACACCCUCAUCUCUUACUGCUCUUGUGGGUUCAGAAGCAUUCUGACGCCGUGAGAAGGACUCGGAGGAACUCUGCCUUCGUUUCGGCGAAGUGACCUGAACAGACUCCUUCGGCUACAGCUAAAUUAUAUGGUAAAAAAAAAAUAUCAAUUUAAAUGAGAACUGCUAUGACCGUUAUUGCAAAUGAAGUCUAAUUCUCAAAUUAGUGGGAAUGAUCAAAUACCUCCGUCCAUGAGUGGAAGACCGUGUGGAACCUCAACGCUGUUUCUGAGAAAGGGAUCUGGACAGACUCUCUUGUCCAGGGAUGGAGGAUCUGGUUUAAAAAAAUAAAGAAGGGAAAGUAUAAUUCUAAGUAGUGGAAAUGAUCAUUUUGUGUCGCAAUUUCUAUUUUUACUAGAAAAAAAGUAAUAUGAACAUGUGACAUUUUCUUACAUCUGGAAGACUUGUAGUUCACACUAGGCAGCUUUACAGUGCUUCAGUUAUACUGACAAUAUUGUACUUCAUUAAAUACCUUCGACCAUUAGAAAAAGACUCAGAGGGACUUCUGCUACCACUGCGUGCCAAGGAUCGAGAUUGAGGGCUUGAGGGGAUGUCCAUUUGGGUUCUUGCUGCGGUUUUAGAGGGUUUAGACACUGGGAAGAGUUAAUAUGUCAAUAAUUCAAAAUUACUUUACACGUAUUUGGUUAGUCAACAUAAGCAACAUUAACAGUU